UUUCUGGGAUUUCAGUGUCAGUGUGUUAGUGUCUCUAUGUGUCUGUGUGUGUGCGUGUGUGUGUGUGACAUAACACGUACUCAAAUUCAGUAAAUCCAAUACACAGGCAAAAUCCGCACAUAGACCGCACAUUUCGAUUCGCAUUUCGUUGAGACGAACGAUGUCGUUGCUGCUGCUCCUUUUGGCCAUCGUCCUGCCGCAGCGGCUGCCCUUCGUUGCCGGCGGCUCUUGCCGGGAGGCCCAGCUCUGCUGCACUGGCCGCGACUCAUCCUGCGUCGUCCAGAAGGCUCCGAUCAAUGCCAUCAUCGAGGACCUCAGCGACAAGCCCUGCUAUUGCGACCACGCCUGCCUUAAGCUUGGCGAUUGCUGCGACGACUUCAAGGACCACUGCGGAGUGCUAGACUGCCAGGUGGCUGAUUGGGGCGCCUGGAGUGAAUGUGACAAGAGCUGCGGCACUGGGAUGAUGACGCGGAACCGCCAGAUCCUGCAGGCGGCCCAAAACGGUGGCAAGCACUGCCCAACCUUGCAGCAGAAGCGCAGUUGCCAGGGUUACCGCUGCCAUGGACACCACGACAAGAAGAUACUGCGCGAAAUGGCCCUCCUUCUGCCAGCUGCACUUUCGCACAAUCGCCAUGUGAAUGAUAGCAGCGAUAUGCGGCGGAAUCUGCGCACGCGUUACCGCGACUCCUACAAGCACAACCAUGAUCAUGAAUACUGUGUGGAAUUCGAGGUAAUAAAAGCCUCCAAGGCCUGCCACAAGCUGCCGCCUUACAAUCUGAUGCUAGAAGGCGAUCGCAUCACGGUUCGCUGCGACCUCGAGGCGUUGAUCCAGGACACAGCCGGCAGCUCAACCACCGCCAGGGUACCCCAAAGCAACACUCCGCCGCCCACGACCACCGCUUACCCUGCCGGCCAGCGAUCAGACGACCUUGAAGAGGACAGACAGCAAAGGGAAAACAGCAGCGGCAGCGAUGGUGACGGCGACGAAGAGGUAACCGAAGUGGACGAAGAAGAGGAGGAGCAGGAAGAGCAGGAUGACCUGCAGAACGCCCUGGACACGGACAGUAACGAGAGUACCGAUUACCGCCAUCAGCGGCAGUCACAGAUGCAAAUGUCGCAUAGCCGACGGACAGCGGGAAAGCGCAGCGCUGUCCCGGUCACGCCCCCGCCUACGCUGGCGCCCACUUACCACUGCCGAGGGGAGGGGCUGGCCGGGCGUACGACACGCUGGAGUGCGCUGCCGGCGCCGUCGUGCCGCGGCAAAUGGCUACGCCUGACCGUUGGACCGCCUAAGAAGUGCGGCCACGCCCAGUUCAUCUUUGUCUAAGGCGUCGCCGGUCAAGUGCGGUGAUCUUUUUUUUUCCGUGUAGGUUAUGGUGUACGGCCAUCCCCCGCCUCCAAACUCCCCCUUCAUCAUAUCAUAUCAUAUAUCAUAUCACCCGCGACCCUGCCCCUGGCCCCGACACGCCGCGCAUUUCUCAAUACUCCUCCACGCCCCCUCACUUCCGGCCCAAAAUAAAAGUACCCCAUCGUAUGUAAGCGUUUAAACAUUAAGCCAGUGGAUUAAGAAGAUCAUAGCAUAUGUGUGAGGUCAGUUUUUUUUUUGUGUCUCGCUAGAGGAGCGAUCCGUAAGAUAGAUUCACACUGCCAGUGAUGGGAUAUAGGACGAUAUGGAGGAUUAAGAUCCAAAUGGGAAACUACCUUUAAGACUUUCAAGAAAUAUUUCUCCUUUCUCUUUCGAAACUUAAGUUAUAAGUCCAGUCUAUAUCCACCAUAUAAACCUAUAUAUCUAUACACCUUAACCACGGCUGCUGUGGACAUUCUUCGGAGAGCCUUCCUCUUGGUAGUUUAGGAAAACCCUGUCGUGUAAGCAUUGCGGACUUCUGGCCCAACCAACCACUCAAUAUAUGCUGGGGGUCAGUAUGAAGACGCUCAUCUCGGAUCGGAUAAUACUAGAAACUAGAGACUAAGUCAUCAAAUAACGCAUAACAUCGUCAGUGAAUAUGAAGUCGGGCUGCGUAGUGAAAUAUAUAUAUAUAGGAGUAUAUAUAUAUAUAUAUAUAUUUGGAUGUGCAUGAGUGUAUCUGUCUAAUCGUUAGUUCCCCAACUUGCAAGAAUCUGUAGUAUCCACAAUCUACUAAAUGAUUGUGGUCCCAAAAAAAUUUCAGUUGGCCAAGUUGGCGGACAACCCUCUGGAAUCGGAAUUAACGUUUGGAUCUUAGCAUUAAUCUGGAUUUUAGGUACACACGAAUGUCGAAAGUAAUUAAUAAAAUUAUAAUUAAACCAAUAAAUGAGAUCAUUCAAUAAAGAACGAGUAUAAUUUUAAAG